AUGGCUGCAAUUUUGAAGCGUGUUUAUAAAAAGAAGGUCGCGUCUCCUUCAAAUAACCUAAACGUUCAUUUUAUGCACAUUAAUAGAUUAAAGAAAACUGUUAAGUGGACCCCUGUAUAUGAAACAAGCGUCGUAUGA